CGCUAAUUGACCAACUGCUCUACUGGCACUUGGAAAGAUAAGCAUUCCUGAUUGAUCAAUGGCGAAACCUGGGGUGUGAUGCCGGUCAUAUAUUUUGGGGAUCCGAGUCGACCGGCAAAACAGGCUGCAUACUCAGCACCAGUCACAUUCUCAGUCAAGCCAGAUGCCUUCUUGCUGCUUCCCUCCCUUUGCACAAGACCCUUCAACUCACUUUUAAGUUCCUUCAACAAUGAACGAUCCCGAGAAAAAGGACCAUGGCACUCGCAGGAGCAGCGAGGUGGUCGCGGUGGGUUCCGAUGCGUAUACCGCGGAAGAAGAAAAGGCAGUGCUACGCAAGAUUGACAUGGUCAUUCUGCCAUUUAUGUGCUUCGUAUUCUUCCUGCAAUACCUCGACAAGCAGAGUCUGAGCUACGCAGCCGUGUUCGGUCUGAUCGAAGACCUUAAUCUAACGAACUCACAAUACUCAUGGUCCAGCUCGAUAUUCUAUGUGGGCCAGCUUGUCGCGGAAUAUCCCUUCAUGUAUCUGAUGAGUCGGCUUCCACUGACCAAGUUUGUUGGUGCAACCGUCAUCAUAUGGGGAAUUAUCUGCAUGUGCCUCGCCGCACCGAGAAACUUCGCCGGCUUCGCGACAGUCCGAUUCCUCCUGGGCUUCAGCGAGGGCGCCGUCUCCCCGGCGUUCGUGACCAUCACGGGAACCUGGUACCGCAAGAAGGAGCACACCGUGCGCACGGCGCUCUGGAUCACCAUGAACGGCGUGGCCCAGGUCAUCGGCUGCCUGCUGAUGUACGGCAUCGGAAAGAACAGUGCCUCGCUGGCCCUGGCCCCCUGGCGGGUGCUGUUCCUGCUCUGCGGCGCGCUCACCGUGGCGGCGGGGAUCGGGUUCUUCGUGCUGAUGCCCAGCGGGCCCAAGGACGCCUGGUUUCUGACCGCACGCGAGAAGACCGUCUUGUCGCUGCGCAUGGCCGCGGACCGCGAGGGCGGGGACAAGACGUCCUUCUCCCGGCCGCAGCUGCGAGAGGCCCUGCUGGACCCCAAGGCCUGGGCGGUGUUCUGGUUCGGGGUGCUGGUCACCAUGCAGUCCCCCGUGUUGACCUUCGCGUCGCUGGUCAUCGAGUCCAUCGGCUAUAGCAAGCUGGAGACAAUGCUCUACACGGCGCCCUCCGGAGCCGUGCAGGUCGCUUUGCUCUGGGUUGGAACGGCCCUGGUGUAUUGGUUCCCGCGGCAGCGGACCCUGGUCGUUCUGCUGCUGAUCGUCCCGCCCUUGGUGGGGACUGUGUUCUUGAUGAAGCUUGAUGUCGCGGCGGAGUGGGGGCUCAUCGUUGCUGCGUGGGUGUCCUCUUGCAUCACAGCAUCGAUGUCUAUACUUCUCUCCCUCUCAGCCUCGAAUGUGAAGGGCAACACGAAACGGGCGAUCGUGAACACCAUGUUCUUCAUAGGAUACUCGGCGGGCUGCAUCGGUUCACCGCAGCUGUGGACGCACAAGCCACGGUAUACCGAGGGCGUCAUCACCUCGAUUGUGACAUGGUGUCUCCUCUUCGUAGCCGUCAUCAUCUACCGCUUCCUAUGUGCGGCCGACAACCGCAAGCGUGACUCGCAGAUGAGGUCUUCGGAGCUGCCGGGGACUGAUUGGCAAAUCGAACUCGAUGAGAAUGGGUUACCCAGCAAUGACCUGACUGACAAGCAGGACAAGGAAUUCCGCUACGCAUUAUAGACUUGGAUCAGAUGAUCUGGG